CAUGUGGAUAUAACCAGUCCUGGACGGACGGUCAAUCCGGUGUCUUGUGAACCGCUCGCUCGGUCAGAAUUGAUCCGUUGGAUCCGACGCGUGAGCAAAGUCGCCGGGAAGAAAACGAGACGGAGGAAAAAAGUGAUCUAGCCGGUGUGCAAAUUUCGGAUUACCCUUUUCUCGCGAGAUUUCGUGAGGCAGGGCUUAAGAAGAAUACAAUGUCAGCAGCCGUGAGGGAGCGAACGACGUCGCACACCAGCAGAAAGCUCGUGAGUCAUGGCGGUCCUAUAUCUGGCCAGAGAGACGGAGCAGCCACGGCCAGCAGCCUCGAAAACAACUUGGACGCACUUCUCGAGGAUCUGCAGACGAGUGUCUCGAGAAGCGCCACUCCUAGCCGAGACAGAACACUUCAAGUCGAAUAUAGAGCACCUGCCAACCCUACCAGAGUAAUCUCCGAGGGCAGAUCCGUAUCUCCGUCUCGUUCGAAGGUGACUACCACUGAAAAAUUCGUCAGUAGCGGUCCAAUUGGCACAUCGAGUGGUAUACCGGGACUGGAACAUCUGGAGGCGGAGCUGCAAGAUGUUCAACCCGGUCAAACCAAAACGGUAGCUUACAAGCAGGUGUCGUAUCACUAUAACAAGGAUUUGGACGGGAAGUCAGAUUCAUGGGGCAUAUCAGAAAGCAAACAGCCACUCACUGGCGCGCCCUUGAUGGACGACAUUCAUGAAAGAACUUACGAGGAAACUAAAACUCUAGCGAGUCCAUCAUAUUCAUAUCAAAGUCCAGAACCGAUUAUUAAAAAAUCAGUGGUCAAUAGAGAAUUGGUCUAUGGCGACAGCUCAACGUCUCGUUCGAAACAAACUUCGCCUCUGCCAGGAACUCAAAGAGAUGUCAAGUUCGUUCACGAAAGCAGUUACCAAACUGAACCACGAUCGACUCAAAGCACGCAAGAAUACAAAAGCAUCGAGUAUGGAGUACCAUCGCCAAGUCCAUCGAUACCGAUCAAUCUGGCACCCGGUCCAAACACAAAGGUAACCACCACCAUCAAGACGUAUACCUACGAACUACCGGGAGCGCCGGAGACAUAUCUACCAGGUAGUAGCGUGCCAGGGAGUGUCGUACUGCCCCGUGAUCAAACGAUCACGUACACACUACCAAGAAGCAGCGGAACUACCACCACGACAGACAAGACAAUCAGCUAUCAGACCAUGACGGAGAAUGUGCCGGGUACACCGAGAUACUCACCGACCGAUGUCACCGAGAAGUCCGAGAAGACCAAAACUAUACAUAAGGAAACAAAAUUUUAUCAUGAGGAACAGCCUUCUUAUGGUUAUCGUUCUGCUCCGCCAACGAAUAUGGAAACUAAGACCACCGUGACCGAGAAGUAUUACCAUGAUGGUACUUAUCCUAAUGGUUAUGGACCAGGCGAUCGUACAGACUAUUCAACGACCAUAUAUCAAAAUCAGCCACCUACCGUAAGCGAGACGCACACCAGAACCGUUAAUCGAUUCGAAGAAUACAGAUCUGGCAGAUCACCGUCCAGCGGACGUUAUCCCGACAAACCAGAUACUCCGAUAAAGACGAGUUAUUAUUCGCGGCAGGAUACCCCGCCGCAGCCUAGCACGACAGUUUACAAAUUUUCGAAUACUACGACGACAAUACCACCGAAUAAGAAUGCCGACGAUCACGAAGUCCUUUUACCGAAACGAUUUCCAACUAGGUCCAUUGCCAAUGGCGAAGGACCACCGAAGAAACUGGAGGAUCUCAUGGCUUCGUUCUCUGACUCUGAGCGAGAAGUAUUAGAAGAUAUAGAGAGGCAAGAGCGCCAAAGCAAAACAGAAUCUACGAAGAAGAAGGAAGUUGAUUUUCUUCCCCAUACACCACCUAAAGUUAAAAGCAAGAAUGUUGCUGGACCACCGGUUUAUUAUCCUCCUGGUUCGGCAGAGUUCACUAAGAAAGAAGAAUCUAGCGCAGCCGUGUCACAAUCUGGUGGAGAGUGGCAAAAGGCGAGUGGAAAAUAUGAAUACGAAGCUUCUAGCAAAAGUAAAAGCAAAAGUAGCAAAGGAGGUGCUGUUGUUCCAGUUUGCCUCCCGUUAUGCUGUGCGUUGCCAUGCGUUAUUAUGUAACUUAUUAUUACAUUGACAAAUUAAUCAAGUACACGAUAUGCACAAACACACACAAACGAUAUACACUUGUUACUAUAAUAUAAUCAAAAGAAAUUAGAGAGGUUAAUGUAAAAAUAUUUAGUCUUUGAGCAGAGUUUUAUAACUUUCACCAUUUUUUCUUGCCAAUGUAAGGAUCGUUUAUUUGAGUUGCUUAUCGUGCUUUCUCUUCUCUCAUUCUUUAAAUCGUAUAUCUAUAAUAUUUCACUUUAAAUGUAAAAAAACAUACUUAAAAAACAGUUCUGCGUAUGUGUUAAUAUUUAAUACAUGACAGAUUAUGUAAUAAACAAGUAAUCAAAACAAAUCAUGUUGUUACAUGAAAGCGAACGUCGUUAAUACACUAUGUUAACAUAUUUAUAAAUAUACUAUAAAUACUUUAAAGUUAUUUAUUUUAUUUGUAUUAUUACAAGUAUUAUUUUUUAUCUAAUGGCAAAUAAGAAUUUUUUAAUGUACUGCAAUAUAACAUUUGCUAUAAUGAAAUGCAUAAUACGAAAUGUUAUGUCUGGUGCCUUCUGUACAUUUCUCAAGUCUAUUAUUACAUGUUACAUUUUAUGAUAUAUAUAAACAAAAUAAAUAAUAAAAUUAAUUAAUAACAUAUAAUAAAAUAUCUUAGUAAUUAGAAUUUUUAUUAAUACGCAGAUAUUUUUAUAUUUUUAUUUACAUUGUUUAUGUAAAUCAACAAUGUAUCAAUGUUAUGCAAUGUAAAUUUUUCACACAAAAAAAAAACAAAAAAUAUAUAUCACAGCAUUUGUAAUUAACUAUCUAAAUCAAACUGUAAAAUAUCAUUAAUUUUCAAAUGAUACAAUAGUAAAAUUUUUUACAAUUAAUAAAUUUUAUUGACGUAUUAUAUUUUAUAUAGAAAAUACAUUAAACUUUAAAUUAUUCUAUAAAUUAUUUAAAAAAAUGGACUUGCAAAGAAGAUAAAAUAUGACAAAUAUUGUAACAAGUAGGAUAAAUCAAUUUUAAUCAUACAAUACUACCGUGAAUUAUGGUGCUAUAAUAAUUUUAGUACAUAAAAAAGAACUAUGUGAAAUGAAAAAUAUUGCGAACGCAAUCAUGCACAUAACAUUGUAGGUACAUGAAUAAAUAUAUAUUUAAAUAUUAUGUGUAAUUCUUGGUGUAAUUAUAUGUAAAAAUUGUGUUAUAUCAUUACAUAUAACAUUGCGAAGCAUAUGUAUCAAUAUGUAUGGUAAUAAUAGAUUGUACUUUAAUAAAUUUACUGAUGUUU